GCAACUCGGCCGCUGGGCAGCUGCAUCGCCGGGUCCUGCGGCGCCGCUCCCAGAGCCAUGCGCUGCUUAGCCCGACUAGUCGUUUACUUCUACCUGUGGAGCUUUUGUACUGCUCGGGGAGAAAAGACCGAGGAGGGGACAGAGGACGUGAAAAUAGAAGUUUUGCAUCGUCCCGAAAACUGCUCGAAGACAAGCAGGAAGGGAGACAUGCUAAAUGCCCAUUACGAUGGCUACCUGGCUAAAGACGGCACGAAAUUCUACUGCAGCCGGACACAAAAUGAAGGUCACCCCAAAUGGUUUGUUCUUGGUGUUGGACAAGUCAUAAAGGGGCUGGACAUUGCUAUGAUGGACAUGUGUCCUGGAGAAAAGAGAAAAGUGAUUAUACCUCCUUCAUUUGCAUAUGGAAAAGAAGGCUAUGCAGAAGGCAAGAUUCCACCUGAUGCAACAUUGAUUUUUGAGAUUGAACUUUAUGCGGUGACCAAAGGACCACGGAGCAUGGAAACAUUUAAGCAGGUGGACACAAACAAUGACAGGCAGCUCUCUAAAGCCGAGAUAGAGCAUUACUUGCAAAAGGAUUUUGAAAAAGAUGAAAACCCACGUGACAAAUCCUAUCAGAAUGCAGUUUUAGAAGAUAUUUUUAAGAAGAAUGAUCAUGAUGGCGAUGGCUUCAUCUCUCCCAAGGAAUACAAUGUACACCAGCAUGAUGAACUAUAGCAGUUUCAUCUCUAGCCACUUUAUUUCUGUAUGUUUUCACAACUUACUGUACUUGAUGUAGAAAAAAAAGUUAUCCUACAAUGUAUUUUCUAUUUUUCCCCAUGAGAAGAUAAUUUGUUUUGCUCAUUAUAUGUAAUUUUCAUAUAAUAAAUAUGAAACUAUUUUGCAAAUUUAA